AUGGCUCAUCCCCCAGAACCGCCGUUUGUCGCCGAAGAGCGCGCCGGGUUCGACCUCAACCUCUCCCACGGCCACCGAGACCUAGUCCAAUCCGUCGCCUUCAAUGCCUAUGGCGAUCGCUGCGCGACCGGCGCCGUCGACGGCAAGAUUCGAGUCUUCAAUCGCCACAAGGACGGCGUCUGGCGCCUCUGCGACACCUGGGGCGCGCACGGCGGCGAGACUCUGGAGCUUCAGUGGCUUCCUCCCACCGUCUACCCGAAUCUGCUGGCCUCACUCGGUGGCUACGGCCGCUUCAAGCUCUGGGCCGAAGACCCGUCCGCUGCCCCGGGCCGCCGAUUCAGCGCUGGAUCCUCUCGUACCCUCUCCGGCAAGCCCGCGUUCGAGACGCGUUCCAACAAGGCCCCUUACCGCUCCUUCUCCAUCAAGCACAACGAGGAGACACGCCACACCUACCUUGCCCUCCUCGCCGCCGACGGCAGCCUCUCCGUCUACGAGAACGAUCAGCCCGAGAACCUGUCCGAGUACACGCUCAUCGACGAUUUUGCCGUCGCCCCCAAGCCCGCGCGCGGCGAAGAGGUCAGCUUCAAGGUCGAGUUCGACCCCAACCCUGACCCCUGCUACACCGCUCUGCGCGCCGGCGUUCCCACCGAUUCUCUCGCCCUUGUCGUUGCCGCCAUGGGCACCGUCAAGCUCUACCGCUCCCGCGACAUCAUCACAGCCUCCUAUGGCGUGCCGCAAGCUCAGAAGGAGUUCUACCUCGCCGCCGAGAUUGGCCCCGGCGCCCAUCGUGGCCUCGUCCGCGACAUUGCCUGGGCCCCCGGCAACGUCCGCGGCUACGACACCAUCGCCUCCGCCUGCCAGGACGGCUACGUCCGCGUCUUCCGCGUCGAGACGUCCUACAAUGAGAACGACGGCAAGACAUGGGCCGCCGCCGAUCUCGUCCGCCGCGAGACCCAGAACGGCGGCGGUGCUGGCGCGGGCGCGGGCGGCGAGGCCCUCACCGCCGCCAUCGGCCCCUCGCACGAGAAGCACCAGCACCAGUCCGGCCUCAGCGCGAGCCUCGCCAAGUCGGGCGCCACCGCCGAGCGGCAGUCGUCGGGCCAGCCGGGCCAGGUGGCGCACGUCGUGCGCGAGGUCGCCAAACUCGACAGUCACCGGACGCCCGUGUGGCGCGUCGACUUUGACGACGACGGCCAGAUCCUCGGCAGCACGGGCGACGACGGCAAGUUGGUCUUCUACCGGCAGACGCCGCAGGGGGCGUGGGCCAAGAGCUCGGAGCUGGGGAUGCUCAAGACGCGCAUGGCGACGCCGUCGUGA